AUACGCGUGAGUGGAAGUGAUCGCUUGUGUUGUUGUGUUCUGCGCGACGAACCGUUCGAAGAUAAAGAAUUAUGUUUGUGCUCAAGUUCGGCGUCUGACGGAAUACAUUUUAUGUUCAAGCGUCAACAGCAGCACCAUUGUUCGUCAUUGUUUGAGCGGUGGAAUUUUUGUUGACGACGACAAUUACAAACGGUUGAAGAGGAAAAGGAAAGCGCUGCUGAUAAUACUGUUUUGAUUAGUUUGUGCCGCGAUUGGGAACAGAACAGAUCUCGGACCGGACGACUGCUUACUGAGUGGCGACGACAUUAUCAGUGUCUACCGCAGAUUGUGACUGGAUUUGCGGCAUUAUAGUGUUUCGCUAUUUUUGGAUUGAAGUGCAGUGCAGUUUUGGCGCUUGACUGCAUUCGGUGAUAUCAUACAGGAAUGUUGUCAUAUUUGGGGUGAAGCAGAGAGCCAAGCAGACGAGAAGAAAAUCUCCACGAAAUAAUUGGAUGGAUGGAAGUGAUUGUUCGGCAGAGUGAAGUGUUGUGGUAAUAAUAACGAGAUUUUUUUUUCUGCUUGCCGAGUUGCACAAAGUGAUGAAGUUAAUGCGCUGGUAGUAAUCACGCUUUAUAAAGUGCGCAAGUUGAAGUGUUGCGAAAACGGUAGUUACUUUUGUGUUUGGAUGAGUGUGGAUUAAAAUCGUAAAUUGCACGAAUCGAAUUGGGCAGCAACAAACCAGCCAGCAAGCUAGCACUACAAGUGAAGAUCAGGCGGCUUUGUGAAGUGAGUUAUUUCGGGUUCAGUUCGCCGCGAGACAGCGAUGAAUGCAGUUGUCAAAAAUGAUUUAAUGAACAAAUUGCCCUGCUGAUUACCGCCGCAAAACGAAGGAAGGAAGGAAGCAAGCAAGAUCAGACUGUGUAGCAAUAACAAUUCAUUUAGUUACGGAAGGAAAUAACCUCUCGGAACCCAGCUUCGGCUACUGAGGCACUGAAGUUUUCGCUGGAGGUGAUAAAAAAUAUAACGCAAACGAAUAUGCUGAAACACGUGCAGAUCUCACCAAUGCGCAGUCGGUCGGACUCGCUCUCGAUGCGGUCGUCGACCUCCUGCGCCUCGUCGCUCUGCGGAAGUCCUGAGCCACUGAACGAACAUCUUCGCAGCCAUUCCCGGGCAUCGAGCUAUUCCAGCCUGAACGAAACCAUACCACAGACAACGAUCAAAAUCUACACAGCAUGCCUUCGCCAGGACAUCGAGUAUAAAACUCUUGGGAUCUCCUAUGAUGCAACCAGUAAAAGUGUUGUGCAACAGUUGCUCAGAAGAUGCAAAAUGCGUCAUCGUGAUCCGCGACUGUUUUACUUGACGAUGGAAGUGACUGUACGACGACCAGGCGUGAAGUCCGUGCUGGAACUGGACGACGAGGCUCGACCAGCGUUGCUGCAAGCUUGUCACCCCAAGGGGGACUCCAGAUUUUGUCUCCAACAAAAACCUGGCGGUCUGAUCCGGGUGCACACGUCGGUGCUCCAGCCCAACUCGCAGUACAAGUCGCUACUCAUCUCGGAGGACACCACCUCGGACGAGCUGUUGUCGCUGCUCCUGUCCUGCUACAAUUCCGCCGAACCGGUGGAACAGUUCAGUCUGUACGAAGUCUGCCCUGGUCAGGAAUACCAACGCAAACUACACCCGGACGAUUUGCCGCUGAAAACACAACUCCAGCGGCAGCAGAAGAACGAGAUCAUGCACUUUCUGGUUCGACGUAACCCGAACUACCCGCGCCGUAGACAGAUGCUAGCUCCCAUCUCCGAAUCGAAGCACUUCAUCAUCGGCCCUGGACUAAGCAACCACCACAGAUUGUCGCUGCACUCGACGACCUUUCCGCUGACGGCCGUUACAACCCCAACGAACACAUUCAUCUCGGACAUUGUCGAUGGGGUUUCCUCUCUGAACAUUCUCUCGGAAACAUCCAAAGGAUUGGCACUGCGAGACUCUUGUCCACUGUCAACCUCCUCACUACCCUCCAAAUCCAAAUGUCCAAACAACGAACGGGAAAGCCACACCACCAACAACAACAACAACAACGACGACACAAGCUGCUGUCUGCAGUGCAGAUCCGAUGGUCUGGAAGUGUGUGAACACUUUCAGCGAAGGGAUCCUGCGGAUGACACAACCUCCUCCUCCAUCACAGUCACUCCUCCCGCGAUCAAAGGAAAAAACGCGGACCGGUGCUCGCAAGCUCCACCCCGUCCUUCCAAGGCUUCCCUGCUGCCCUCGCUACUAACCGCCCCAAAUGUACCCUCGUACAGUCCAGUCUACAACAUCCGCGAGAUCCGAACCGUGUGUCAUUCUUUCUCCUCGCUCGGAAUCGAUAAAAAGCUGGCGGAAAUCGAUAACAGCAGCGGAGGAAGUAAUUCAAUCGUGAAGGAAGCCGUCAACACCGACCCCAUCAAGGGUGUGGGUAACUUUAUCUAUAUCUGAACAAAAAAAAAACCAACCGCCACUGACCGGUCCCCAUUCCCUCGUUAUCGGGGUUCACAAAGGGCAAAUCAAAAGACAGAGAGAGAGACACCCUAUUAAUAAUUGUAUUUUGCUCCAUCCUAGUCAACGUUAUUAAUAUUAUUAUAUUGAUUUUAUUUGAUGUUUUUUUUUAUUUACUUCUCUGCUGCUAUAAAUGUAUAUUGUUUCAUCUCGAGAGCGAUCAAAGAACGAAAAACUGUCCCAGGUGGCAUCGAACUCAAGCUGUAAAAAUGAAAUGAAGACGUAAUUCAAGCCAAAACUGAAAACUCCUCAAAAAUGAGAUGAAACCGAUGAAAGUUUGUUCAUCCAAUCAAUGUAUUUAAUAGAGAUAGGGAAUAUCCAAUCACAUCCGAAUCUGUACAGUAAUUUAAACACUAAGUGGCACCAGCAUUAUCGAUACGCAGUUUUGUAAUGUUUGUUUUUCGGAAAAAAGCGCUACAUGCCAAAGAAACGAUUAGAUGUUAAGAUUUCUUCCGAGUGUGUAUUUUUUUUAUAAAACUAAAUCAACGAAAUCAACGAAAUCAAUAGAACCAAAUAGACGCACAACUUGCGCUUUCAUCAUCGAAUCAAGUCAACCCCACACACACACACACACACGCAAAUCCAUUGAUAAACGAAGUUAUUAUAACCCCCACACUUGAAUGGCGAAGUUUCGCAGCAUAUGAGGCACCACUACAUUAUAACCCCAAUCAACGAUACGAUACCCCGGAUGAACCGCAGGUACCCAUUUUCGAUAGAAGGCCCCCGUUCUUAGCCGUUAAGUGUAUGUUAUUGUAAUGUUAUGGUCCGUGGUGUUUGGAGGAGUAGAAUUCCAAGCAAUAAACGAGGAGACCCCCCUAAAAAAGGGUCACCGAGAGCGAUAAUUGACAAA